GGCUGGGUGGGUGCCCUACCACCUGGAGCAGAGUCUGUGCUCCUUCGCUCCUCUCCGCCUACGAGGGCAUGCAGCUCCCGGCAAGAACGUGGCAUCAUCAGGGGCAGUUACCUGCAUUUUAAAGGAGGUGAAUUAUACUUUAAUGUACUACAAGUUGUAUGCUAUGGAUGGGAACUAUUAAAGUUUAUAAUGUCAAAAACUUUUCUUAGACGAAAGGUAUCUUCCACAAAGGUCACAGAUUGGGUAGACCCAUCAUUUGAUGAUUUUUCAGAGAAUACAAGCACCUCUACUAUUACUGCCACAUCAUUAAGUGUGAAUAACACGAGUCAUAGAAGAAAGAAUGUGCCUUCCACAUUAGAAAGUAGCACAUUUCCUACUAGAAAAAAAGGAACACUAUCUUCUGCAGAACAGAUAUAUGUUCUAGAAAAUUCAAAAAAAAAUCUGUCUGAAAAUGAACCAUGGGUGGAUAAAUACAAACCAGAAACUCAGCAUGAACUUGCUGUGCACAAAAAGAAAAUUGAAGAAGUUGAAACAUGGUUAAAAGCUGAAGUCUUAGAAAGGCAGUCAAAACAGGGUGGACCUAUUUUAUUAAUAACAGGGCCUCCUGGUUGUGGAAAAACAACAACUAUAAAAAUUCUGUCAAAAGAACUUGGUAUUCAAGUACAAGAGUGGAUUAAUCCAGUUUUACCAGACUUCCAAAAAGAUGAUUUCAAGGAGAUCAUGUUUAAUCAUGAAUCAAGCUUCCAUGUAUUUCCCUAUCAGUCUCAGAUAACAGUUUUUAAAGAGUUUCUACUAAGAGCAACAAAAUAUAACAAACUACAAAUGAUUGGAGAUAAUCUGAGAACUGAUAAGAAGAUAAUUCUUGUUGAGGAUUUACCUAACCAGUUUUAUCGAGAUUCUCAUACUUUACAUGAAAUUCUAAGGAAGUAUGUACAGAUUGGUCGCUGUCCUCUAGUAUUUAUAAUCUCUGACAGUCUCAGUGGAGAUAAUAAUCAAAGGUUACUGUUUCCCAAAGAAGUUCAAGAGGAGUGUGCUAUGUCAAACAUUAGUUUCAAUCCUGUGGCACCAACAAUUAUGAUGAAAUUUCUUAAUCGAAUAGUGACAAUAGAAGCUAAUAAGAAUGGAGGAAAUAUUACUGUCCCUGAUAAAACUUCUCUACAGUUGCUCUGUCAAGGAUGUUCUGGUGAUAUCAGAAGUGCAAUAAACAGCCUACAGUUUUCUUCUUCAAAAGGAAGGAACAAUUUAUGCCCAAGGAGAAAAGGAAUGUGUUCAUUAAAAUCAGAUGCUGCGCUGUCAAAAUCAAGACGAAGAAAAAAACCUGAUAAGGUUUUUGAACAUCAAGAGGUCCAAGCUAUUGGUGGAAAAGAUGUGUCUCUCUUUCUCUUCAGAGCUUUGGGGAAAAUUCUAUAUUGCAAAAGAGCACCUUUAACAGAAUUAGAAUCACCUCGAUUGCCCUCCCAUUUAUCAGAGUAUGAACGGGAUACAUUGCUUGUUCAUCCUGAGGAAGUGGUAGAAAUGUCACACAUGCCAGAAGAGUUAUUUAAUUUAUAUCUUCACCAAAACUACGUAGAUUUCUUCACGGAAGUAGAUGAUCUUGUGAGAGCCAGUGAAUUUCUGAGUUUUGCAGAUAUCAUCAGUGGUGACUGGAAUACACGCUUUUUACUCAGAAAAUAUAGUACAUCUAUAGCUACAAGAGGUGUGAUACAUUCCAACAGAGCCCGAGGAUUUGCUCAUUGCCAAGGAGGAGGAUCAAGUUUUCGACCAUUGCACAAACCCCAGUGGAUUUUAAUUAAUAGAAAGUAUCGGGAAAAUUGCCUGACAGCGAAAGCACUUUUUUCUGACUUCUGCUUACCAGCUCUAUGCCUCCAAACUCAGCUGCUGCCAUACCUUGCUUUGCUCACCAUUCCAAUGAGAAAUCAAGCUCAGAUUUCUUUUAUCCAAGAUAUUGGAAGGCUUCCUCUGAAGCAGCACUUUGGAAGAUUAAAAAUGGAAGCCCUGACUGACAGGGAGCAUGGAAUGAUAGGCCCAGAAAGUGGAUACGAAGCGCUGCUUAACGGAGGACAGCCUGCAGAGGAAGCUCCUUAUGAACCUACUCAAACCACAGAACCUGAAUCCUGGUCGCUUCCUUUGAGUCAGAAUAGUGGGAACGAACUGCCGGCCAGCCAGCCGCAGCCCUCUUCAGCCCAGGGAGACCUGGAAGAUGACGACGACGUGGUAAUAGAAGACUAUGAGAGCGAUGGGACAUAGAAAGCAGCCCAGCAAUCACAUUGCUGCUUGACAGAUUCACAUUAGUAUUAUUCAGUGGCACUUGAAGAGAUAAUAUACUUUUCAAGUGAAUUA